CAGUUUGCGUCCUAUAAAAAGGGGAGGGUUUGGGGAGUUUCCCUUGUGUUUUUCAUUUCCUUUUUUUUUUCUUGCCAUCUGCAACUUGUGUACGUACGUAUUGGUUUAUCAAACGUCAACACACUCCACAAAACCACACACACGCAAACACACAUACACAACUCACCGCUAACUGUCAACAACCAUGCAAAUCUUUGUAAAGACGCUCACCGGCAAGACCAUCACCCUCGAAGUCGAGAGCUCGGAUACCAUUGAAAACGUAAAGGCCAAAAUUCAAGACAAGGAAGGUAUCCCGCCAGACCAGCAGCGCUUGAUAUUCGCCGGUAAACAACUUGAAGACGGCCGAACCCUCUCCGACUACAAUAUCCAAAAGGAAUCCACUCUCCACCUCGUCUUGCGUCUCCGCGGAGGAAUGCAGAUUUUCGUAAAGACCCUUACCGGAAAGACUAUCACCCUCGAAGUGGAGAGCUCGGAUACUAUUGAAAAUGUCAAGGCGAAAAUCCAAGACAAGGAAGGUAUCCCUCCAGACCAGCAACGCUUGAUCUUUGCCGGAAAGCAGCUCGAAGACGGCCGUACCUUGUCAGACUACAACAUUCAAAAAGAAUCAACCCUCCAUCUUGUCCUGCGCCUACGUGGCGGCGCAGAUGUAUCGUCAUCCUCCCUAUCAUCAUCGUCAUCAACCGCCCCAACAACACCAAAGUCUGGCAAAAAAUCAACAAAGUGUAACAUGUCUGGCUGUUCCGACAAGGUUGUCAAAAUUGUGGGACAGUGCAGGUAUUGUACACAUGGAUUUUGUGCCAAACAUCGACUUCCCGAAGCACAUCAAUGUCAAGAGAUGCAAACCUGCCGGGCGGCAGCGCAAAGCAGGUUGGCGGGGAAAUUGCUGAAUGAAAAGUGCGUGGCGUCAAAAGUAUAGUAGAUUGUGUCAUCUAGUUGGGGAUCUCGUUAAGCGCAUAUUGUGGUGGUGCGCAGCAUAGAGAAAAACAUGCAGCGGUCUCAAUACAUAUACAUCGUGCUCUGUAUCUGCGCGAGCUUUUUGACGUCAACAAUAGAGAAAAACAAUAUGCUCUAACCAAACACGCAUAGGCGCUUUUUUUAUGCUACUUUUUAUUUGACAUGGGCUCUGUUCUAUUUCGUUUUUUUCGCACCAGACCCAACGACAGUCGCCCACAUGGGUGUGACUGUCAAUCGAGUAGCAUCACGGUUCGUUGCUCUAAAGGCUCGGACUCUACAAGUAAAAAACGGGUAAGC